AUUGAAUAGGAUUUUGUUAUGUCGAUUAUUGGUUGAGUGAGAUCAGGGAAAUUUUCGUACUUAGAUACUUUGUGACCAAGAAUUUAUCGUAAGGAAAAAGUUCUUGAAAACUAAACAAAAUGAAUAGAAUAUUCGGCAGAGGAAAACAAAAGACUCCGGGUCCAAGCAUAACGGACUGCAUUGGCACUGUGGAUGGUCGAGCAGAUAAUAUAGAGCAGAAGGUCAAUAAGUUGGAGACAGAACUGAGGAAAUACAAAGACCAAAUGGCUAAAAUGAGAGAAGGACCGGCGAAAAACUCUGUUAAACAAAAAGCUAUGAGGGUUUUAAAGCAGAAGAAAAUGUACGAACAACAGCUGGAAAAUCUCCGAGCUCAAUCAUUCAACAUGGAGCAAGCAAACUACGCCACACAAACACUGAAGGACACACACGCAACCGUCCAGGCCAUGAAAGAUGGCGUCACUCAGAUGAAAAAGGAGUUUAAGAAGAUCAAUAUAGAUAACAUUGAGGAUGUGAACGACGAUUUAGCAGACAUGUUGGAGCAAGCUGACGAGGUGCAGGAGGCGCUGGGCCGCCAGUACGGCAUGCCGGAGAUCGAUGACGACGAAUUAGCUGCUGAACUUGAUGCCCUAGGCGACGAGAUAGCCCUGGACGACGACACGUCGUACCUCGACGACGUGGUGAAGGCGCCGGCCGCGCCCGACAAGGAGCCCGGCGCGGACAGCGUGCGCAACAAGGACGGAGUCCCGGUCGACGAGUUCGGCCUGCCGCAGGUGCCCAGUGCGGCGCAGACCUCGCGCUAAACGGGACAAGUGAGCUGUAGAUGUUGCUCUUGUAUUUCAGGAAAGGGGAGUGAAGGGUGCGUACAGAUCUGACGAAUGCGACGCUAGUACAUUAUUCGCGAACCGCUCGCGCUGUACGUACGUAGGUACAGAUGUAGUGCGUAAUUGUUUUCCUUCUUAUUUUCUCGGAAACGUUCGUAUUCAGUCAACAUCAGUACUUUUUGUACUUAGACUGACUGAAAUAGCAAGACACGUUCGUACGUUUGUCGUUUCCGUGAAAAUACGAAGGAAAACAACUAUGCACUACAUCUUUACUACCUACGUAUUUAUACUCUGACAAGAUUUUCAGUGGUACUAAUUUAUGAGAUUCUUUGACAGGCGUUGAAAGUCAUCGAAUGUCUCCAAUGUAAACAAUAAACGAUUUCAGAAUUCGAUGCGUAUUAUUGUCAUAUGUAAGCUGCUUGUAGCGAAAAUAUAAUAUUGUCAGGCUAAGGGGUUAAAUAAAAUAUUGUCAGGCUUUACGUACAGGUCCUACAAUAAGGAAGCAUCUCACCACAAACUGCCUAGGAACAGUUAGUAAUCCUGUCGCAAAGAGCGCGCGAGCGUCGCAUUCGUCAGAUCUGGACGGACUUUAACCAAGAUAGACUUUAAUAUGAUAAUAAUAAGAGUUGAAGUCAACAAACACCUCUUUGAAAUGCAAGAUCCACCUGUUUCAUUUGCAUUAGCCUUCACUGAUAAUCGUUUUCGUUGUCAUUGUUAAAAGAAAGAAUGAAAGAUAAAAGAAAGAAGAUACAAUUACAUAACUAGCUCAGUGGUCCUACUAGGCUAGGCCUGUAUCGUGGUAUUUUUGAUAAUGUGCGCGUUUUGGUCUAUAAACAUGACCUAUGAAUACAAUCUGUUAGUUUUGGUACUAGGACACAACUUACAAUCAUUUCAGUGAGACCUAAUAAGUUUUUAUACUUAGUCCAUAUAAAUCAAAGAAAAUUAUAAUAAAAGUUAAGUUACUCGUUCAAAUGAUAAUUCGCUUUCUUGUAUGUGUACGUCUAAUACACGUUUAUUCCCAAAUAACUUUUCUAAAACAGGGAAUAGCUAUAUUGGCACAUGCUUGCACCUUACUUGGCUGAAUGGUUAUAAGACUGUUCUCAAUCUUUAAACGGCACCAUCGAACCACACCACACAAAUGGAUAUGUAGUAUCAUAUAAGAAUCCAUCAAGCUUAAUAAGAUGUGCUAAAUAUUUAAUAAUAAAAUAUUUUCUGUUAACUGCAGUAUCAAGUGUAGUUAAACUUUAUAAACGUAAUAUAGCUUCAUUUAUUGGGAGCGGAUUUUUAUUCCAAUUAUUUUCUUAAUUAUGUAUGUAGGUACUUUGCUAAUGUAUAAUUGUCGACUCAUUUAACUAACCAUUCGUGAACCUUAUUCCAACGAUUUAAGGUUCAUAGAUAGUUAAGUAUGUUGCUCUUAGUAGUUUACUGCAUUCGUAAUAAAGUGCAUAGUAUCGUUCUAGUAAUCGCCUUUCACAGACAUGUUGCGAUAUUGCGUCAAAAAUAUUUAACUUGAUUAACAUGUAAUAUGUUGAAGAAAAUUAAUGUUUAAUUUUGUUGCUGUAUGUCUGAUUUUUAUAAAAUAUUGUAUAAUCUAAUGUAUUUUAAAUAAAUGUAAGUUGUUUAAUAUACAA